AUGGCAUCAUUCGUUUAUUAUUGGCUGCCGGGUUAUAUAUUUCCAUUGUUGACGGCAUUUUCAUUCCUUUGUUUACUUAAACCUACCAAUCUUGUGUUUUCACAAAUAACGGGUGUCCGUGGGCUUGGUGUUGGUUCGGUGCAGCUAGAUUGGAGCUCGAUAACAGCCUUUUUAGGUUCACCAAUUAUUGUACCCGGUUGGGCACAACUGAAUAUUCUAUUUGGAUUUGUUGUGCUGGUCUGGAUUGUUGUUCCAAUUAUGUACUACACAAAUACAUGGGGAUCAAAAGCAUUUCCACUAGGAACAACCGAGUUAUAUCGAGCGGAUGGCUCGCUCUAUGACAUUACAGUUGUACUGGAUCAAAAUUCGAGAUUAAAUGAAACUGCCUACAAGCAAUAUGGUACGAUUCGACUAACAGUGAUGUUUGCACUUGCCUAUGGACCAACAUUUGCUGCUCUAACAGCAUGCAUUGUUCACACGAUACUGUUUCAUGGUAAAGAGAUUAUAAGACAGUUCAAUAUGUCGAUAACAGAAGCUAUGAAUGAAGUGCACGCUAAGUUGAUGGCCAAAUACGCAGAAGCACCUGAAUGGUGGUACACUAUUGUGUUUUGUGUCAAUUUUGUUGUAGCAUGUUUGGUUUGUCAUUUUGGAGACUUGAUGCCCUGGUAUUGGCUAUUCAUCGCUAUGAUUCUUGUAUUCAUAUUAAUUUUACCUAUUGGUAUCGUGCAAGCACUAUCGAAUCAGCAGCUUGGUCUUAACGUUUUUUCAGAACUUAUAGGCGGCUACUUGAUGAAAGGUCACCCAAUCGGUAACGGGACAUUCAAAACAUACACAUAUAUAACCCAAGUGCAAGCAUUACUAAUGAUACAAGAUUUAAAAUUGGGACAUUAUAUGAAAGUGCCUCCACGCAUAAUGUUUUUCGCUCAGAUAUCAUCCGCUGUCGUUAGUUGUGCUGUCAGCUACGGAUUUGGUCUUUUCUUAUUAGAUAGUGUUGAAGGUAUAUGUACGGCAAAAAGCAAGGACUGGCAAUGCCCAAAUCCAAAUGUUUUUUAUACUGCUUCAGUGAUAUGGGGUGCGGUGGGUGCACAAAAAUCAUUUGUUACUAAUGAUGUAUCCUAUUAUAAUGUAUUCUGGUUUUUUCCUCUGGGUGCCAUAUUGCCUGUCAUACAAUGGUUGAUAUUGCAAAAACGGCCGUCACAAUCUUGGUUACAUUAUGUUCACUUCCCAAUUAUGUUCUCGAGUUUAUCAUAUCUAAUACCAGCACCAGCAGGAAACUUUGUCUCUUGGUUAUUUCUGGGCUUAGUCUUUAAUUAUGUUGUCAAGAAAUAUGUGUUUGACUGGUGGGACCGUUACGCGUAUGUGACAUCAGCAGCUUUAGACAUAGGUGUAGCAUUCUCCAGUCUUCUCAUCUUCUUAGCUUUAAGCAGUCAAAGCAUUUCAUUCCCUAAUUGGUGGGGCAUGGGCGGUCCAACCUAUGAUGGAUGCCCUUUGUCCAAUGCAAAUUAUUCGGGAAUUAUCCCGGGAUAA